ACCGAGGCGUGCAGCCGCUGAGAUGGCCGCUGGGCUCCGCUACCCGGGCAAGGUGGUCGUCGUGACGGGGGGCACCAGUGGCAUCGGUCUGGCCAUCGUGAGAGAGUUCGUUCGCCAAGGAGCCCAGGUGGUCUUUUGUGCCCCAGGAUCUGAAGAAGAAAGGGGACGAGCAAUUCAGAAGGAGCUGCAAGAUUCGGGGAGCCCGGGGGAAGGUUACUUCCGGAUCUGUGAUGUCCGCAGUGAGAUGGACAUUAAGGUGUUGAUUUCGGGGACUCUAGAACAGUACGGACGCCUGGACUGCUUAGUGAACAAUGCUGGAGGGCACCCUCCUGACCAGACAAUAGAUGAGGUGAGCGCCCAGGAGUUCCGGAGCCUCAUGGAUCUCAAUGUUGUGAGCGGUUUCUUAGCAUCAAAGUUUGCACUGCCCUACCUCCGGGAAACAAGAGGGAACAUCAUCAACAUCGCCAGUCUUGUGGGUGGCAUGGGGCAGAAAUGCGCAGUGCCCUAUGUGGCCACCAAGGGCGCUGUGAUUGCAAUGACCAAAGCCCUGGCCAUCGAUGAAAGCAAAUACGGCGUACGGGUCAACAGCAUCUCGCCUGGGAAUAUCUGGACUCCUAUGUGGGAAGACCUCGCUAGCCAGACAGCCAAUGCAGAAGCAGCGAUCCAGGAAGGCAGCAAUGCUCAGCUCCUGGGACGGUUUGGGACCCCGGCAGAGGUGGCAGCGGCUGCCCUGUACCUUGCUGCCGAUGGCACGUUCUGCACUGGCAUCGACCUUGUGCUCAGUGGUGGAGCUGAGCUUGGUUAUGCAAAGAAGAACAGGAUGGAUCCCAGUUUGGUUUGCGAAAGCUAGCGGGUUAGAGCUGGGAGCCAGCCAAGACUUCUUGAGGAAGUGAAAGAACUUUGGUGGCUGGUAGAGCAAAAGAGCUGGAUCGGCAACGUACGCUUCUUUUUUAAAAGCCUGGCUAGAGCCUUUGGUUUCUGGCAGAUCUUCAUUUUAGCUAACUCACCGUGACCCUGAAAGUGUGGCUGGCGACCGGUUCCUUUCUUAUUUCUCUGUUUUGAUAUGGCGCCACCUUCAGGUCCUUGCAGACAUUGCUGGAGUCCUUGUGGAUCUUGUAUGGACUUUGCUGCUCUGGUGGUUUACCUGGAUUGAAAUCUUACGUGUUUUGGAUUUUCCCGACAGACCUUCUAUUUCGUAAUUGAAUUUUUAAAAAUAUAAUGUGAACCACUGAGUGGGGAAGUGUUCACAACAAACAGCGGGAAACAAAUAUUUUAAUAAACAGAUGGAACAACCCUAAAUCAUCCUUCCAAGAUGAGGAACCCACAACAGGGAUCGCUGUGUAUGUCUGUCACAGCAAAAUAAUAGACAGUCCUGCGGCACUUGGGCUACGUGCAUUAAAAAGUGGCUUGCAGUGCUGGCCGGUUUGCUUGCUGGCCCUUCAUUGUCUGGGAAAGUUUCUCGUGGGCUGCAGCCGGUGUUCCCUCUCAUUUCCCCCCCUGCUGCGCAGAGCAUUCCACAUCCUGAGCAGA